GUGUCCUCCGCCCACAUGAACAAGGCUGGGGUGUUCUUUGUUGAUGAAAUUCGCAAGGCUGAGGCAGUUAUAGCUAGUAAGGUUGUGAUUAGAGACACACUGGCAAACGUUCUCCCCCUCGGUACCCCCGCUAAAAAAGUGACCCUGUCUAACGUACCCCCAUAUAUUAGUGAUGAUGUCCUGAACAAACAGCUGUCUAGAUUUGAUAAACUUGUAUCACCAAUAAAAAUGAUACCAGCAGGCUAUAAAGACCCCGAGCUCAGACACAUUGUCUCCUACAGGAGACAUGUGUAUAUGAUUUUAAACAACAGGGAUGAAGAUCUGAAUAUCAUGUUUAAAAUAAAAAACGACAAAGACAGCGAUCAGAUAAAUGAUAAACAAGACAGUGGAGGAAAUAGUGCUCAAACAACCGGACAGGAAAAAAACAAACAACAAGAAAGUAACGCCGAGGGUCAAGAAGCAGUAAAAAACACUGAGCAGGAAACCAAUCAGAUGGAGACAGAAAAGGAAAACCCCCAAGCUAAUGUAAGUGAGUGCACUGAACAGGACACACAACUGACUGAGAGUCAGAGUAAUGUUGAGUGUUCAGCUUCAGAAAACACAGACAUGAUCGUAGAUGAUGCAGGUUUUACUCUGGUUAGGUCAAAAAGGAAAUCUAGAGCAGGAAACAGUGGGCCUCAGACAAGAAAGAAGGGUCUAGCUAAAAUGGAAAAUGAAAAACUAGCCAUAAACAGUGAAGAACCAGAAACCAAAUCUAGCAGUGACGACGACAUGAAUGCGGAAACAGAAAGUGAUGAAGAACAGAAUAAUGAUGAACAAACAGACGGUUACGAAGCUAAAGAGAUAAAGUGUUUUCUUCAAAAAACAAAAAACAUGACAGGAGUCAGAGUAGACCAGUACUUUCCCGACAAACAGAACUUUGUAAACUCAGCAACAGUUAUAAUUAAAGAAAAGAACAAGGACUUCACUCACCAAGAAAUAUUUAGAUUGAAAAAGUUCGUAACCAGGACCAGACAAGAUCUUCUGUGUGAGGAUGAGGAGAGCGUAUAAAAAACCCCGGUUGAACAAUGCUGAUCGUUUUCCUUUUUUAAUUUUAUUUAUGACUGAUUUUAACAUCGCUUCCUUAAAUAUACGGGGGGGAAGGGGUGUAAGAAAACGGACGGAUCUAUAUGAACUAAUUAAACUCAAACACAUAGAUGUAAUGUUCACACAGGAAACACACAGCGAGAAGAAAGAUGGGGCUAAAUGGAUGAUGGAGUGGGAUGGAGGGGUGGUGCUGAGUUCAGUAAGCUCAGUGAGUGCAGGAGUGGCCAUUCUCUUUAACAAACACUUCUUACCCGAAUCUUACACCAUACAGGAAGUGAUCACUGGAAGAUUAUUGUUAGUUAAAGCUAAGUAUGAAC